GUUUGAGAAAUAUUUUUCACCUGAUUUUAGGACUUUCGUGAGGAAGUGUGUGCAUGCAUAUCUGUGGUGUGCAUAUCUACGGUGUGCAUGAGCUUGUCGAGGAGUGCGCGCAUGUCCACCAAACAGGUGAACCUUGUUUAUGGUCGAACCGACUUUGGACGUUACCUAUCCCCUGUUCUUGGACAAUGAUUGCAGUCCAACAGAAGAUACAUCUAUUGCCUGUUUUCCUUCAUUAGCACGUUUGAAGACAAGCAGUAUUAUUUACUUUGGGAAGCUAAGCCUCAGUCAUCAUCGAUAGCACAGUAUCCUGGAACUGACCUUCCAGUUCUAGUUUCCCAAAUUGAUAUUGCUCUCUCGUUUACUCUGAAUUUCUCCAAAUAAAUAAAAAAACAGCGUUUGGUUUGUGUUUUAAAUGUACGGGAUCCAGGAGCAUCUGAUAAGAGACGUCAGCGGAUUAAAAGAAAGAACUCUGGGAGAGAUGGAUCCGGUUCGGUCCUGGGUGCGUAAUGUCGGUGUUGUGGAUGCUAACGUAGCGGCGCAAAGGUACAGUAUACCUUCAUGUUCUCACGUCCUUUGUGGUAUUUUGACGAAAUACAGGAGUCAAUCUUUUUUAUUGGCAACACAACAUAAAACACUAUUACGGACGUAUAAUAAAUUAAUUAGACCUCUUUAAGUAUGCAAGAGGAGUCGAUGUAGGGUAUUAUGUAGGUAGGUUGUCUCACUUCAAUAUCCAAAAGCAUAUUAUGUUCGGGAAAUAAUUAAUAAAAGUAAAUGACAAAUAACCUAUAUGCACGGAUACCCAUAACAUAGCCUAUAAGUGACCGGUGGUGCCAAGCAGUCAAAGAGAACGUAUUUUUGUUGAUUAUGCUCAUGCUUCUUGUUUGAUACUCAUUGACCCCAAACUUCUCCAGACUUGGGAUGAAACAAAAAAGCAAGUUAACUUUGGGAGUUAAUGGCCGGCGGUAAAGAAUGACAAAUGUAAAAAAAUAGAUCUCGAACAGCCCUGGCUUUAUGUGCGAUAAGAGUGCUGCUAGUCCGGGGUACGCGCUGUCAAUAGCAGAGGUGGCGGUGUCACGAGCAUGAAAGGGAUAAAACAAAACACAACAAUAAAACAAAAACGCAUUCUGUCAGGAAAGCGAGCGCCCGGAAUAAUGUUAUCUUAUUGAGGAUCACACCUCUUGGCUAUUGAUUUGUAGGAAGCGCAUACAACGCUUUUAACGGUUGAAGUCUGUUAAUUAAUCCAUGUUGAAUUAUUAUAAUCACUAAUGAUUUUAUAUCUCCAUCCAGUUCUCUUAUCACCAUAGCUUAGGCCUAUAUCCAAUAGGCUAAGGACGAUGUAAGUUGAUAAUAAUAAUAACCCAAUAAUAAUAGUAGUAAUAAUAAUACAAUUAUAUUGGUUUGUCUACUGAAAUAUUAAUCAGUAGACAAAUUCAUAUUUAUAAUGUCAUCCCUUUCCCCAAAAGAAAGAGCUUGGAGAAAAAUCAAAUGUUCUUUUGAUCAUUAUCUUAUGCAUUGAAAAUAUUUUCUCAGUGCUUUUCAUACUGUUUUAAAAGUAACUUUGUGAAUUCUUAAUGUUAAAAUACUCCUGUACAUCUACAGGCUGUUAUGUUAGCCUUGGUAUAAAUUAGCCUUAAAAUACUCCAGUACAUUUACAGGCUGUUUAAGAUAGCCUUGGUAUAAAUUAGCCUAUGUUUAUAUUUUUCAAAGGAGAACAUGUAAAAAAGUAAGCAUGCAGACAAGGUAGCCAAACAUUAAUUUCAAAGGUGUAUUUGCCAAAAUAAACAGAUUUCUGGUUCUAGGACAAGCUUUUAACAAAUCUCUGUUAUUUGGUGUGUUCGAUUAAGGUUAUGACUGACCUUUCAAAUGUACGUUAAUCAGAUCACAGUCUUUUCAUAUUUUAAAUUAAUUUUUUGCAAACGAAACACGUUUUGAGUCAUUUGUUGAUUGAAGUCCUUUGUCACGUCAUGAAUAUCUACUUUCAUAAUAGGCUACUCACCAGAUAUGGUAACUUUACCUAAAAGUUCUCUGACAAUUAUUUGGUAUGUGCAUUUCUAAAUCAAACCUAUGUUGUACAGCUGUAACUACGUAACACAGUUCAGACGUGUCCUAUCAGUGUUUAUUUGGUGGGAUCCCGUUUGAAAUCGGUGAAAUGGACCGUGGCACAGGCCCGCGCUUUAGUAUUGAGUAGGCCUAUAGGCUAGGAUCCACCUAUCAACCUAACCUAUUAUUCUCGUCCUGUGGGAAAAUUAUAUGUUUCUGUCUUCUGCUAGGCCUACAUUAUGCAUGCGAAAAAAAUUACGCUGCACACAAUUAUCCCAUCUAAAGCAAAUGUUAAUUUAUGUCAGACUUUGAAACUUUUUGUCCUUGGACUAUUCAAAUGUCAAGAGGAUGAAGGUCAGCAUGAGUUCCAAAAUAACUUUCACAGUAUAAGAAACACGUUUUAUCUGAACGAAAGAAAACCUCUAAGGUUUGGAACUUUAUAUUGUGCAGCGUCGAAAAAAACAGCCUUGGUCUCACCUAGUGUAAGAGGUGAAGCAUCAAUAAACAAUCAGUGUUAAUUAAGCUGCAGGCAUCCGCGCUUGGGGCAAGUCUAACUUUGACCCAUCAAUUAAUGAUAAAAACCACACUGAGAGUAGUGUUAGGAUAUUUUUUGUCUUCAUUUCAUUCCACCAUCGAUAAUGCGUGAUUUCCUAGGUAGGUCAUGCAUAGAAAGUUACAGUCAUUGAACCCAAUGCUUUAAAACGUUUUGAAAGCCAUUGUUGAAUUGUUGCUAACAAAUAAUCUAAAUUUCAGCUCGUGAAAAUUAAGCAUCAACCAAGAAUACAGUUAGACUACAGUAAUAGGCUAUUUAUUUAUUUAUUUCAAUAUUAAUUAAGCAUAUUAAUCAUAUAGGCUCUAAUUACUUUGAUGUUUUUGCCACAGUAUUUGUUCAGUGAGUAUUUUUCAAAACGAAUUUCCUCCAUAUUGCCAUUCCUGACCAAUUCAUGUUGCAAUAGUUGUUGAAUCUAGAAAUUAAAAACAUAAAGAUCAGGAAGCAUAUCACUACAGACUUAUUUUUCUUUCAUCAUUUACUUUUCUCUGCAAAUAAAUGCAUUGUUCAUUAGACCUUUAUUAGCUCAAAGUCUAAACUCAAUAACCCUGUAAUUAUUAUGUUGUAGCCUAUACAGUUGACCUUAAUAAACAGUGAUUGGAGUUGUAAGAGUUUUUUUGAUGUGUGCCUGAGGAUUGUGUUGUAGUGUGAGUUGAUUUCCCUCUCCUCUCAUCUCCACAGUGGUGUAGCUCUCUCCAGGGCCCACUUUGAGAAGCAGCCCCCCUCUAACCUGCGCAAGUCCAACUUCUUCCACUUUGUCCUGGCACUCUAUGACAGACACGGACAGCCUGUAGAGGUGGAGAGGACUUCCUUUGUGGACUUUGUAGAGCACGACAAGGUGUGUUUGUUUGUUUGUUUCAGUUUGUUGAGUGUGUGAGUAUAUUUGGGAAUAAUAUGUCUCCAUGUAUUUAUCUUUAUUAUGCAUGUCCUCUUUGGCUAUUAUUUACCAGAAAGAGUGAACAAAAAGUUGGUAGCUAUUACAGCAGUACAAUCUAGCAAAGCUUUAAGCUGACCACAUUUGCACAACCUGUACCAGGACAUUUCUGUGCAGCCAGUAGUCUACAACCAGGCGUUCAACUUGACCUUCCACAUCCCCUAUAAAGCUGAGUUUAAUGAACAGCUGACAGCUCCAUGUUACACAAGCCUCACUCCCAAUAAGCUGAGCUGAUGAUGAGCGAUUGAAAAAUAAUACCUAAUGACUAAUUAGCAGCCUUCCUCAUUAGUGGGACAUCACUACUUAAAAAAAAGCAAAUUACGCUUGCCUCUGUUAAGCUAUACCAUGACCACAUCAUCAAAGUCUCUUUUCCUCCCACCCCCAUGUACUAAAUACUGCUGAGGGGAAGAAGUAAAUUCCUCAGGUCAGACAUGGGGCCAAAAGAAGGAGAGGAAGAGGUGCAGAGUGGCGGUCAGAUCAAGAGAGAGAGAGGGGGGGAGAGAGAAAGAGAGAGAAAGAAAGAGAGAGUUUAGAGAGAACCAGAGAGACAGGGUAGGGGAGGGGUACACUGCCCACGGUGGGAGCCUUGUGCCCAGUGUUGAUGGAUGUUUUUGCCUUGUGGUUAAACUUGAGCUGGGCGUGUGAGGCUUGUGGUCCAAACUGGUAACAGCUCUCCCCUCAGAGAGAGAAGAGGGCACUGUCCUGUCAACGGAAGUUCAAACACAGUUUUGUUUUACUGAGAGUGUGAGAGGGAGGGAGACAUGGAGGGAGGGAGACAGGGAGAGAGCGAGGGAGGGAGACAGGGAGAGAGGGAGACAGGGAGAGAGCGAGGGAGGGAGACAGGGAGAGAGGGAGACAGGGAGAGAGGGAGAGAGGGAGACAGGGAGAGAGGGAGGGAGGGAGACAGGGCUCCACUCUGGGCGUCAGUGCUAAUGCCAGGGCUGAGGGCUGUCAGUGUUUCUCCUAGCGCCACACACACAGCCAGUGCGAGGCAGAGUGAUAUGACGGUUGCAGAGGAGUUCAUUUUCUGCAUGGUUAACCUGGCAUCUGGUUUUGUUUUGUUGUUAUUCAGAGGUGGAAGGGUGAUAAGGGGAAAUGAAUGUUCCUCUGUGUAUAUGAACAAAACAUUAUAUUCCAGUCUCUACUGUAUCUCUACUGUAUCUCUACUGUAUCUCUACUGUAUCUCUACUGUAUCUCUUCUGUCAAUUUCUCUCUUUCUCACUUUCGCUCAUCUCUUUUAAACUGUCAAUUUCUUUCCUUCCUCUCUUAUCUCUCUUACUUUCUCCCCAUCUCUGUCUUCCUCUUUCUGCUCAGAGAUGACGGCUCCCUGGGUUAUUGGACCAAAGAGCAUUCCUUUGAGACCAGUUAGGGAAAGACUAGGAAAGGGAGAGAAAGAGAGGGAUAAAAUGAAAGAGGGUGGUGUAGAGCCAGGGGGAAGAAGGGAUGGAGGAAGGGAAGUUUCUCCUUCAAGGUCGACUGCACUGAAAGAGUUUCCACUCAUUGAAGUACACACUCACACACGCACACACGCACAAAGCCACACAGACACACAGACACUCAAAGGCAUGCAUGCAGACCUAUACAUGUGCACACAUGAGCUUGUGCGCACAUGACCUGUUGCAUACAUUAUCCUUUGUACACUGUUGUAUGUGAUCAUAAGGAUCCCACGGCUUUAGGAUUUCACAUCAGACAUGCUGCAGUUCAACUUCAAAAAGAGGAGCUAAUUCAAGGUUAAGUACACUGUUCUGGAGCUCAGUGCAGGGUCCCAUCUACAGGGUAGGAAACCUACAACCCUCUGAUCCCACACCACUCCCAGGGAUGAAGUGUUCUUAACUGUGCUUAACUCAAACCCCACCGCGCUAUAACUGCAUGACUGCAUUGUGUGUUUGUCUGUUUGUCCUCUCAUUCCAAGGAGCAGACGGGAGAAAAAACCAACAACGGCACGCACUACAAGCUACAGCUCCUCUACAGUAAUGGUGAGUCCACCUGACCUCCAAACCACCAUGGCAUCAGAUGAUGAGCAGCAUGCCCCAUUCAUGUCAGUGUGAGAACUUGGGCACUCAGGAGUUGAUAUGUUCUGUGUGGUUUCAUGUCUCUUGAUUCUAUGUCCCGAAAACAUUUUAGUGUCUGACCACUUUAGAGUGGGAGGAGGAACAGGUUGUCCUGAGCCAGACCACUGACCAAACACCAUCCUGCAUCUCAAUGGUAUGGCCAUGGAAUGGACAUGAUAUGGACAUACCCACUUCUCAUUUGUUCCAAAUAUAAGAGGAAAAGCCCACUUUCCCCCAACCCCCUCUCCCAGUACUCUUCUCCCUACCUCUUCCUCUGCCUCUCAUCCCACCUCACCCCGCUCCUAAAUAUCUAUCCAUUCAUCCAAUCGCUGAGUUAUUUAAGCCCCAGAUUUAGUUGUGUGUGAAGCUGCUUCGGGCCCCAUAAACAGGGAAACGAGGUACAUGGUGCCCCCCAUGGUGUUACAACAUCAGAUAAGGGAUGUGCACAGAGAUUUGGGUUCCCAUGAGCCUCCACUGCCCCUACUCUGCCAUCCCUGUGGCACCCAUGGGAGAGGAGAUAAAAGACCCCGACCAAACACACUCAUAUACAUGUACACACACACGCCUGCCUCCGCACCCUCCCUUCCCCUCCCUUUCCCUCUAGUGAUUUCAAAGGCCCCCCGAUUGAGACUUUGAUGAGGGGAACCCGUUUUAAAAAGCAAUACUCUGCAUAGUAGGCUCCAUAGAAAAAAACUUGGAUAAAACAUGCUGCUCUUCAGAAGCAAUUGAUUACAUCGAUGCCGUUUCUCUGUCCUGUGUGAUUCUCAACAGCCUACAAGGAAGUAAAACCAGUCGGUUUGAAGCACCCAAAGACCAAAGGUUCCGGUGUUUUCUAAAAGCAUGCUGGGAGGCUUGCUGUGUCAGAUCCCAGAGCUCCUAAAGCCUUCCAUUGCUCCUGAUCUGACCUGUAUGGAUGACCCAGGGAAUGGCCAUUAUGGGAGUCAAAUAAAUGUCCAGUCUAAAACACUCAUAUCCCAUGCCUUCAGGAUUUGGUUGUCUCUGUGAGGUUAGUUUAGUUUCCGCUAAUCAUUGUGUAUAUGUCUGUGUGCAGGGGUUCGUACGGAACAGGAUCUUUAUGCACGGCUUAUUGACUCCGUCACUAAACAGGUAAGGAGCCCUGUUUUCACUGACUGGAUUUAGCCUGCUGUGGAGCUCAUGCUUACAGCUUGAUUGAUUGCACAUGAAAUCUAAUUCCCCCGUCACCCGCUCUCCCUCUCUCUCAGCCCAUAUCAUAUGAGGGACAGAACAAGAAUCCUGAAAUGUGCCGGGUUCUGCUCACUCACGAGGUUAUGUGCAGGUGAGUCAUAUACUCUCGCGCGCGCGUGUGCGCACACACACACACACACACACACACACACACACACACACACACACACACACACACACACACACACACACACACACACACACACACACACACACACACACACACACACACACACACACAUCCUUAAAAAUGUAUUUAUGUUUUGUCUUGAUGUGUCUGGCAUGUGGUAUGCCAUUUGAAAAUAAGACUGAGGUUGAAGUGAAAGUAUAGCCUGUCUGUCAUCAGGCUUGUUACAGUGUGAGCCCCCUGCUGCCCUCCGUGUCCCCCGCCAGCUCCUGUUUCUCUCUGGAGCCUCCCUCACAGACAGACAGGGGGAGGUAUCAGGCCAGUCUCCCUUCAACCUUCACUGAAACAUGUUGAGGGAAUAAUCCUCCCCCUAACCCCCCACCCCAUCACCACCCCAGACCCUUAUGUUAUGCAUGGACAAUGGUCCACAUAGGAACAAUGUUGAAACAUAAGAAUUAGAUUUAGAUUAGUUUCUCACAUUUCUGAAUGCUUUAGUUUCUAACAAUGUGUAUGGAAACUAAUGCAUGUGUAAGAAGAAUAAGACAGUGUCAGGAAUGGGUCAGGGUGGAAGAAGAGAGCUGCCUUUAUGGUGCUUUUUGGAAGACGGGGCUUCUUCACCAUGCAUUCAGUGUUUUUGGAGGUAUGGAGCAGUGGAGGCUGUUGAGGGGAGGAACAGCUCAUUAUAAUGGCUGGAAUGGAGUAAAUGGAAUGGCAUCAAACACAUGGAAACCAUGUGUUUGAUGUAUUUGAUACCAUUCCACUGAUUCCACUCCAGCCAUUACCAUGAGCCCGUCCUCCCCAAUUAAGGUGCCACCAACCUCCUAUGGUAUGGAGGUAGGAAGAGAGGGACAGAGUGAGAGAGAGAGUUAGUGUUGGGGAAGUGGGGCAGUGACCCAGUGUUUGAGGGCAGGAGAGGGAAUGAGAGGGGGGUUGGGCAGGGGGAGAAGGGCUAAGACUGAGUGAGCUUUGCCAUUGUGUAGCCAGCAGAUGCCCGAAUGUGACUCACAGCUGGCUAAUAACAGAGCCGGGGAGGCAGAGGGCAAGCGUCACAGCUGGGGAGUGAGGCCGUCUGACAGGGGGGCGGAGGGAGGGUGGAAGGGGGCAGGGCAAGGCCAAGCUGGGACACGAGAGGGGUGAGGCGAGGUGUAGGGUGGCAGAUGGUUAGGGGUGGGGGCACUUUUGUUAUGCAGCGGAGGGGACUUGGAGAGGGGGCCAGCAGGCUCCACAGACAGGACUGCUGACGAAUUGUAGGAUGCUGUGUGUGUGUGUUGAUGUGUUUGUCUGUGUCUCUGUGUGAUGGGGUGGGGGUUGUCUUUGAUUUCGAAAUCAAUGUGACAGAUUGCCAGGGUGGCUUUUCACUUUUGAAUGGUCUCUCCCUGUUUGUAUGGUACCUUUUCUCCCCCUUUCUUUAUUCUUUUGUCUAUUUUUUGUCUUUGUCUUUGGCCCUUUUUGUUUCCCUGGAUCUGUGCAGUCUGCAGUGCAGUCUGGGACGGUCCUCAGGCCAGAGGAAAGAUCAGUCCUGUCAUGCUGGUUUGUUUCACUCACUGUGUUGUUGUGUUUUCUGGUUAUUAUUUUGGAACACAGUCGCUGUUGUGAGAAGAAAAGCUGUGGAAACCGCAACGAGACCCCCUCUGACCCAGUCAUCAUUGACAGG